UCCCCGUUGAGCGCAGCGUCGCUUCUGUUUGAUUUGACAUCUUUUCUUCCCCGGAGGAUACAGAAACCGCCGAACCUCCGCCAAGCCAACAGUCCCAGCACAACCUGUGAGACACACGCUGCUCUCCCGCCUCAAAAACACCACGAUCCAUCAUGAAUUUCUUCCUGGAAACUCUCCAAGUCCUCCUGUUGUCCAUCUGGUACAACGUGGAAUCUUUCAUCUACUUCUUUGUGCCCAUGAAGAAGAAGAACAUAGCCGGCGAGGUGGUGCUGAUCACGGGGUCAGGCAGCGGGAUCGGUCGCCUCAUGGCUCAGGAGUUUGCGGCUCUUGGCACUGUGCUGGUGUUGUGGGACAUUAACCAGGAGGGGAUGAAGGAAACGGCUAAACUAGCUAAACAGAGCGGAGCCAGCAGAGUCCACUCCUACCUGUGUGACUGCAGCGACAAGAACGAGGUUUACAGAGUGGCUGAUCAGGUGAAGCGAGAGGUGGGUGACGUCAGUAUUCUGGUCAACAACGCCGGGAUUGUGACGGGAAAGAAGUUCAUGGAGGCUCCUGAUUCCCUGAUUGAGAAGACGGUGGAGGUCAACACCAUGUCCCACUUCUGGACCUACAAGGCCUUCCUUCCUGCCAUGAUCGCCAACAAUCACGGCCAUCUGGUCAGCAUCGCCAGCUCUGCAGGUCUCAUAGGAGUCAAUGGAUUGGCAGACUACUGUGCCAGUAAGUUUGCAGCUGUAGGUUUUGCAGAGUCAGUGGGUCUGGAGCUGCUGGCAAUUGGGAAAGAUGGCGUGAAGACCACCAUCGUGUGCCCGUACUUCAUCAACACUGGGAUGUUCGAUGGAUGUCAAACUAAGUGGCCAAGGUUGCUACCGAUCCUGAAGCCAGACUAUGUGGCCAAGAAGAUCAUCGAUGCUGUGCUCACAGAUCAGGUGUUCCUGCUGAUGCCCAGGAGCAUGUACCUCAUCACUGCUCUCAAGAACAUUCUCCCCAUGAAGCAGGGCCUCCUGCUGGGCCAGUACCUGGGAGCCUUCAACCUCAUGGACACGUUCAAGGGACGCUCCAAAAAACAGGAGUGAGAGAGGAGAAAAAGAAGUAAAGGAUGACUGGAACGGAAGGACACAUGAGAGGAGUAUUAAAGCCAUUAAUAUCAACUCUUUUAAUCUUCCUAGUGUAGAGGUGUAAUGAUAGAGAGAAGGACAGAACAGUAGUGGAUUUAAUACGAUUUGAAUAUAAAUAUCGAAUGUCUAUUAGUUUCUUUAUAUGUUGCACUGUAUAAUUCAAUAAUGAUAAUAAUCUUUUAAGCCUAAAUAUCCUUUAUGUACUUGUUUUUAAAUUACACAAGUGUAAUUAAAAUAUGAUAUAAUUCAUAUGUUUUCAAAGAUGAACAGGUUCGAUUCCCUAACUCAAUGUGAAUGUCCUUCCUGUGCAUUACACUGAUCUGUGCUUUGUGGUGCUUUCCUGCACAGCUCAUACCAAACCAAAGAAACUAGCGCUGCUUCACAACAGGUUUAUAGACAGACAUUCAGGAGGAGACACAUUAUGAUUCAAAUGAACUGAAGAGAGGGGUCAAUAUAUGAAUUUGUCUCAUGAAGUCAAGAGCACUGAAUGAAUUUAUGACCACUUUCACACAUCUAUGACAUCAACACAGAAACUUAAAGAUUUCCAUCAUCCAUCAGAACGUUUCAUUCUACCACUGGUUCUUCUUUGAAAACAUAUAUUUUAUAUAUUUUGUUCGUAACUAUGGUAACAUAACAGUGACAGUCAAUUUAUUCUGGCAACAGGACUGGUUACUUUUGUUUUUAUGACUUUAAAAAAGUAUAUGUAAUCCAAAUGGAGUUUACUUAAAUAAUGCAAACAAGAGAACACACACAUUUAUGACAGUGGAGCAUCAAAUGUAGCGUUAGGUGUAUCUAUCAAUUGGGUUUCACGAUCUCAUCCGUAGUCUGAUAGUCCUGUCGUCACCCUGUCAACUUGCCAAUGGUUGAAUUAAUAUUAAUUUAUUACAACAAAUAAUGAUAAUAAUAAGUUGACACAUUGAUGUGAAAACAAACAAAAUGUCACCUUGACAUUGAUGAAGCUAAAAGCUAUCAGCCACCAUUCUGAUGAUCAUCAGUCACAGAGAUCAUUGUCCAGAAGAACAGCCCUGUCUAUCAAUAUACAGUUAUUAUACAAGCUGAAUAUUUUAAUGUCAUAUUAACAAUGUUAUGGAACCAUAGUUAUCAUUUAUGUUGUUAUUAAUCUAUGUCAGUGUCAUUUCACAUUAAAUACUCAGGCACAGUGAACCCUGCUGAAGGGGUCUCGUAGAUCUGUGAAACCUUGUGAACGGUCCAGACCACUCACAGCUCCUCAAGUGACUUCAGACUGAACAUGAUGCUAAUCUUCACCUUUUGUUUUUUGACGUCUGCCUUUAUUUGCAAAUAGCACACGUACUGACGUUAGCUCUUAUUAGCUAGCACUGUGCUAGCUAGAAGUGCUUUUCUUCUCGUCUCUGUAUAUUCAUGAAGACUGGAGACGAGCACAAACGUGGAUGUGUGUUCACAGGAACUCAGGUUGUGCUUUGACUUUGCAUGAAGUCAGUCUUAACACAGGUUUAUACUUUCCUGUGAAUCUUUAGGACACUUUAUGAAACAGGCUUGUGUCACCUUCACAUUUGAGGCACAGACACAUGCCUGUCUAAAAACUCAUGAGUCAUGUGCUAAAUGUCAGAAAGAAUAGUGAUGAAUUAAGGAUGUCUGGAUGGAAGUAAGAAGCAUCCUCAGUUUCCUAGAGAGUACAGGUAAACUUCUGCUACAUCCAUUAACUUUUCAUUUCCUACAGUGUUAUUCCUCUUGUUGACUCAGGUACUCAAGAUAAUCCUAAUUUGAAAAGCUUCAAAACUGAUCAUUAGCAACACUCACAGCUGUGCUUUGAAAUUACAGCGAUGCCUGGUCUUGAUCCAGAUGUCACUGUUACAGUAUAUUUAUCUGACAUCUUUGGUGAAUGAAAAAAAAAAACCUGAAGUAACACUUUUUUGUUGUAGUUUGUUUGAAGUAAUUUUGCACUCAGAUCAUCUUCAUUUCAGAUUUGAAUGGACCUGUCUAGACUCUUAUUAAGCACAUGUAACACUCUGUAAUGGAAAUAUUAUAAAGACUAUAAUGUGUGUGUCUGGGUUUAUAUCUACCACAGAUCAUUUUAAGUUCAUGUGUCACUGACAGCAUCAUAUAAGUGUAUGUGAGUUCUCAUCUUCAACUCAAAUUCUUUUAAUGAGUUAUAGUGUAUAAUUAAUAGAAUGCAUCUGUUGCCUUAAUCACAGACUGUUAAAGAACUGAAAGAUAAAAUACCGGGGGUCAGUGAACAGAAUGUCAGGACUGUAGAGACUGAAGUGUGUAUCCAAUGAUGCAUGUUAAUGCUUAUCCUCUGUUUUCUCAGUGUUGAAAAGUCUCAUCAUUAAAGAUUCCCGUUUCAAAAGUU